AUGACUGAAGAAAAUGAGAGCAUGUGUCUGAACAGGUCACUGGUGGAGGUGGACUUCUUCAGCAACAUGGAUGAUAUCGACGUGACAGCCGACGGGAGCCUGAUCCUGAGGUUCCUCAUCUGCCUGGUUUACUCUGUGGUCUGCGCUGCAGGUCUGAUGGGCAACCUGCUGGUCCUCUUCUUCAUCAGGGUCAAACAAGAGAGGAAGAAGUCCACCGUGAACUUCUUCGUGUUCAACUUAGCAGUGACGGACCUGCAGUUCGUGCUCACUCUGCCCUUCUGGGCCGUGGACACCGUGCUGGACUUCAGCUGGCCGUUUGGAGACGCCAUGUGCAAAAUCAUCCUCUCGGUCACCGUGAUGAACAUGUACGCCAGCGUGUUCUUCCUGACUGCCAUGAGUGUGACCCGCUACUGGUCUGUCGCCUCGGCUCUGAAGAACAGCACCACGCGCAAGUCCUGUUCAGCCAAAUGGACCUGUGUAUUUAUUUGGACACUGGCGACUGUGGCUACUGCUCCAACGUCUAUUUUCUCAACUGUCAGCAACGUCACGGGAGAAAAACUCUGUUUGUUGAAGUUUCCUGGUGGACAGUACUGGCUAGCAGUGUACCACAUACAGAAAAUACUUGUGGGGUUUGUUUUGCCGAUGUCCAUCGUGUCCAUCAGCUACAUCAUGCUCCUGCGUGUCAUCCGCAACCGGAGUAUGAAAACAAGCAACCCCAAACGGAGAUCCCAAGUUACUAAAUCCAUCACCAUCGUCGUUUUGUCUUUCUUCCUGUGCUGGAUGCCCAAUCAUGCGAUCACCCUGUGGAGUGUGCUGGUCAAACUGAACGCGGCAAACUGGGACAAGGCGUACUACAUAGUGCACACAUAUGUGUUCCCUCUGACCGUGUGUCUGGCUCACACCAACAGCUGCCUCAACCCCGUUAUUUACUGCCUCAUGAGGAAGGAGUUUAGGAAUAAACUGAGAAGUUUGAUACACAGAGGCUGA